AUGCUUACUAGGCCACCCACAGGUUGGCUGAUGAUUGCGGCAGCCCACUCCUAUUUCCAGUCUGCCCCUCUUCCCGUGGCAGCGGUGACGUGCGAAGCGGUCGUCCCAGAGUGCGAGGAGUACGACCUAGGCGAUGUCGCUCUUCCGCCUGCGGAACCGUACGCGCCGACUCUAGGUUCAAUCGAUAUGGGCGCGGCAGGCUGCCCCCAUGGAUUGGUCCUCCUAGGUGGUGAUGCGAGCGCAGAAGGGGCGGGACGGGCUCCAGCAUCACGUAGAGAUGCAGCGGCGGAAUUCGUGUACAGAGUCGCGAGAAGCGGAGGCGCCAGCGGGCGGAGCACGCUCCUCCGUAUAGCGCAGCGCAACGGCCGCGUGUACCCCAAACCUAACCCCCUCAUCAUCAUCAGAAUCCUAACGUCGACGUCAACUAUCGGCGGCCGAAGAGACGGUCUCCCGGAAGCUUCUCAACGCACUAAUAUUUCCGCAAACGCGGCCAUCACGAAGACCAUUGUAUCUUUCCCCAACGCAACUGCACCGUCUCUCCCAUUCAUUGUCUAUCUCCCUCUCAAUGGGAACUCGCCCGUGGACAUCGUGCUCGAGACUACGCUGCUACCCGACGCCCGUGUAUCAAAGAAGUUCCUUGCGCCGCACCCGCCGCCGCCGAUCCUGCACAACGUCAGAAUCAAGGACGUGAAGAUCAAGCCCGUGGGUCAGGUCAUGGUCGUGAGCGGGACGGUGCUCGCGCACGUCGUGCUCCCGUCCGGUAUCGAGGUCGUGCGCGUGUUCUCGUCUACGACGGCGAGGUGCCCGACUGGGCCCGCGCCGAGCACGGCCCCAUACUUCAAGCUGCUGAACUACCCCAUGGACGACGGCUACUGA